GCUAUUCGUCAUCUCCAUUGUUUCUUUCGAAGGCAAACCCUAAUCUUUAUCCCCCAAUUAUCGUCAAGAUUUAGGGCUUCGUACGAGUGGGGCGGCGUUGUUUGGAUUUGAUUUGGAACUCCGACGCAGAAGAUUGUCUAAUCUUUGGGAUAUAUAAUGAUUUUGGCCGAUUCAUUUUUGGUUGGGUUUUGAUUUUUCGGUGUUCUUGUGCCUUGACAUUCGAUCUAUUGUCUUUUCAAGGUUACCCUCGAUCUGUUUAAGAGGUUUGCAGAAUAAAUUUUCUUGCCUUGGGGAAUGGAAAACCCAAGGGAGGCAGGCGAGGUUGUGAUUUCGUCUAUCCGGGCUGGAAUGAAGCGAGAGUUUGCAAUGAUGAUGAAGGCUCAAGCCAAAUGUGGCAUCUCUAUGGGUCAGAGGAGGGUCACUCGGUCUCAGAAUAUGGCCUCGAGUGGUAGAGCUUUGGUAAGUCCCCAAUAUGGUAGUAGGACAAAGAGUUCUACCACGAAAAAGCAGAAGAAGGAAGUGAAUGUUGUUGCGGCUGAGCCCAGCUUGCUGCAGCUUAAUGAGAAAGUAGACAAGAUUGAGGAGGUGGCAAGCGAUAAUGGGAUCAAAAAAGUAGAGAAGCUACCUUUAACGAGUGAAUGGGAAGAGAUGAAGAGUGAUGUUGUUGAUGGUGUUAGUGAUGAUGAGGAGAAGGGAACUUCUGCCAACUGCAAAACUGGAGAGCAGGAGACAGUGUGUUCUGUGGAAAGAGAGGAGUUGAAUAGUCCUGGUGGAUAUCAGAAAGAAAGGCUUAUAGAUGGAGAUGAAACUGUGAAAACAUUGCAGGUUGAUAAUCCUGGCGAUGAGGGAGAGAACAUUGGUAUGGUAGGUUGUGAAGGGGAAGGCAAAUUUCCAAAACAAGGGGUCAUAAAUGGAAAUGUUGAUGAAAAUAGAGUGCAUGCUACUAAAUCUGGCAAUGGGAGAUGUGAUACUGAUGUGGCAGAAUGUGAGGGUGUAUUUCCUAUGGAAAAUGCACUAGCUGGAGAUGUUGAUGAGAAAGCAAUGCAUGUUUAUAACUCUGGCAACAAGGAAGAGCACAUCAGUAUGUUAGAUUGUGAAGGUACAUUUCAGAUGGAAAAUGCCAUAAGUGGAAAUGCUGUUAGAUCUAGCAAUGAGGAACAAAGUGGCAGUUUAGUGAACUGUACUGUUGAACUUUCCAGAGAAAAGGUGGUGCAUGGAAAUGUUACUGUGGAAAUCAUGAAUGUUGAUGAGUCUGGCAAUGAGGAGCAGCAUGAUGGCUUAGUGAAACCAACAAUGGAUGAUUUUCCUAUAUCAGGGGUUUGCAAGCCGGAGAUUGAAGCAAAAUGUGCUUAUGGCAGUUCAUUAGAUUUUGCUCCUAAGAGUGCUGAGAAGCGCAUGGAGGGUACAUUCUCUGAGAAGCCAUUGAGGCGGUUUACCCGCUCAGCUUUGAAGCCAAACGAGCAGGGGGCAGCUGAAGUUACAAAAACAGAAGAUGCUAUGGAAGGUGAUGGGUCAAGGGCCACUGUUUCAACAUCAAAGCUUGAAAUGAAAAUGUCAAAGAAGGUUUCUCUGGAAAAGAUUCCGACAAGGUUGAGAGACCUUCUUGACACUGGUUUGCUUGAAGGAUUACCUGUGCGCUAUCUAAGCGUUGUAAAGGCUAGAGGUCGGCCUGCUGUAGGGCUUCAAGGAGUUAUUAGAGGCUCUGGAAUAUUGUGCUUUUGUCGGAAGUGUAGUGGAACUAAAGUUGUUUCACCAAACCAAUUUGAAGUCCAUGCAGGCAGUUCAAAUAAACGUCCACCAGAAUAUAUUUUUUUGGAGAAUGGUAAAACACUUCGAGAUGUACUAGUUGCAUGCAAGGAAGCUUCUGUUGAUGGACUCGAAGUUGCAAUUCGAAAUGUGUCUGGUGUUGGAGAUGCCAAAAGAUCUAUUUUUUGUCUUAAUUGCAAAGCUUCUUUGCCCGAGGCUUCUCUUGGUAGCCCGAGGCUUCAUUGUGAUGCAUGCCUGUCUUUGCAAAAGUCUCAAUCUACUCAUGUUCAAGCCAAUGAUGCUAGUAGCAGGUCCCCUUCAUCAAAUCAUGUUAUGAAGUCCACAGAUAGAUUGUCAUCAGGGGCUUGCCCCCCUACAAAGGUUCAUGGAAGAUUAACCAGAAAAGAUCUCCGAAUGCAUAAACUGGUAUUUGAGGGAGAUGUGUUGCCAGAUGGAACUGCAUUGGCUUAUUAUGUCCGAGGAGAGAAACUGCUUGACGGAUAUAAGAAAGGUUCGGCUAUAUUUUGUUAUUGCUGUCAUAAGGAGGUAAGCCCUUCACAAUUUGAGGCUCAUGCAGGAUGUGCAUCACGUCGCAAACCUUACUUGAACAUCUAUACUUCCAAUGGGGUGUCCUUGCAUGAGUUGUCUAUCAAACUUUCGUUAGAGCGUAGAGCAUCAUCUGAUGAAAAUGAUGAUCUAUGCUCCAUGUGUGCUGAUGGAGGUGACCUUUUGUGCUGCGAUAAUUGCCCAAGAGCUUUCCAUGCAGUAUGUGUUUCCCUGCCAAGAAUACCCACCGGUACCUGGUUUUGUAAAUACUGUGAGAAUAUGUUUGCCAAAGAAAGGUUCGUGGAAAAGAAUGUAAAUGCCAUUGCUGCUGGAAGGGUUGCUGGAAUCGAUGCAUUAGAACAAAUAACCAAGCGCUGCAUUCGAAUUGUUGAUUCUUUACAUGCAGAAGUUGGCGUUUGUGUACUUUGCAGGAGUCAUGAUUUUAGUACUAAAGGUUUCGGUCCCCAGACAGUAAUUAUAUGUGACCAGUGUGAGAGGGAAUAUCAUGUCAAGUGUCUUGAAGAGCACAAUAUGGACGUUCUUAAGGAACUACCGAAGGAGAAAUGGUUUUGCAGCAAAGAGUGCAGUAAUAUUCACUUUGCUCUGCAGAAACUCUUGUCAGAAGGAGAACUAAGCCUUCCUGACUCUCUAUUGCAAAUCAUAAAGGAGAAGAAUCAAGGAAAAACUUUGGAGGAAAAUUCUGUUCAUGAUGUAAAGUGGAGACUUUUGAGUGGAAAAUUGUCAUCUGAGGAAACAAGAGUGUGGCUUUCUGGUGCUGUCUCCAUUUUCCAUGACUGCUUUGACCCCAUUGCCGAUUCCAGUACAAGCCGCCUUGAUUUGAUACCAACCAUGGUCUAUGGGAGGAAUUUCAAGGAUCAAGAUUUUAGUGGGAUGUUAUGUGCAAUGUUAUUGGUGAACUCUUCGGUUGUAUCUGCUGGUGUUAUCCGGAUAUUUGGAAAGGAAUUAGCAGAACUCCCUCUGGUUGCAACAAGUCUUGAUUGCCAAGGAAAGGGGUACUUCCAGUCAUUGUUUGCUUGCAUUGAAUCUCUUCUAAGAUCUUUGGGGGUGAAAUCCCUGGUCCUUCCUGCAGCAGAGGAAGCUGAAUCUAUUUGGACUAAGAAGUUUGGGUUCCAAAAGAUCAAUCCUGAAGAGUUGAAGCACUACAAAGAUAACUACCAAGUGAUGGUUUUUCACGGAACGUCAAUGCUGCAGAAGCGAAUAUCUGAAUCGUGAAAAGGAUCACAUCAGCUUUGGGGAGGGGGGGGUCAACUUUUUGUUUUUUUUCAUUGUAAAUCAAUUUUGAGGUGUUGAAUGAAAAUGUGUACAGUUGGUGGGUUUUUAUUUUGUGUAUAUAACCCGCGGUAGAAUAGCAUUGCAGUGAUCAUCUCUAUCAGUACAUAUGAAUGGGGAAUUUGGCCCUCUUUGGAAUAUAUAUAAAUAUAUGCUGCAAGUUGUAGUAACUGUUGAAGAAGAUGAGAAGUAUGGAGCAAAUGGGUGUGUGAAUUAAUGGGAUGAUAUUUU